CACGCACACACACUAAGGGGACUGUAGGCUAUGUAGUUCGAAUAAGGAGAAAGCCGAAACAUAGUGAGGAUAUGAAUCAGUCUCUAACUUUGCGUGUCCUCGUGUAACGGGGUGGGCCCGCGCCUCGUUUAGCUGCUUAAAUAUUUGUCUGUGUUACAAGUGGCGGACUGGCUCCUCGCCGUUUUGGCGGAGGGAGUGGAAGCAAAUGAAAGCGUUGUUUGGAGCCGUUGAACAAAGAGCUUUUCUUCCCUCUACCAUUGUUACCGAGAGGAGCGCCUGUUUUCUAACUGAUUCAGAGGUGGUUUCACACUGUAAAAGUGAGGGGUGGCCUGUGCUCCAGUCAUGACCUCUGGGAAUGGGAACACUAACAGCAGCCAACACAAUGGAGAGAGCAAACCAGCCCAGGCCCUAGUCAAGACCCAUAUCCUCACCCAUCUGAUAGAAGGCUUUGUCAUUCAGGAAGGUGCUGAGCCUUUUCCUGUAGAACGUCCAUCUUUCUCAAUCGAGAGCCUUAGGAGACACACAGUAGACUCAAAGAUGGACGGCCUCUCACCAAAGGAGUUAAAGGCCCAGCAGGAGCCCAUGCUGACCUGUGAGCUGUGCGGCAGGGUGGAUUUUGCCUACAUCUUCAAAAGGUCUAAGAGGUUCUGUUCUACAGUGUGUGCCAAACGCUACAACGUGGGAUGCACCAAGAGAAUGGGUCUCUUCCCAAACCGCAAAACCACCCUGGAGAACAUGAAGAAACAGAGAGCACUGAACGGAAACCUCAAAAACUCCAGUUUAGAGUCUAAAAAGAAGAAGCCUGCUGCUGCUGCUCUGUCCACUGGUCACUCUGUCCACCCUGCACAGGGAGAGUCCAGCCAAUGUUCAGACUUGUCCGGCUACAAAAACCCCCCAUCCCCCCUGUCAGCCACCCAGCGGGUCCCUGCGGUGCAAGGCUCUGAGCUGCCCCUGCUGCCCCACAGCUUCCUGCCCAGUGACCCGGGCCAGUGGAACAUAGAGGACGUCUACGAGUUCAUCUCCUCUCUGCCAGGUUGUCUGGAGAUCGCUGAGGAGUUCCGCUCUCAGGAGAUCGAUGGACAGGCCCUGCUGCUGCUGAAGGAGGACCACCUGAUGGGAACCAUGAACAUCAAACUGGGCCCUGCACUCAAGAUCUUUGCCCAGAUUAGCAUGCUCAAAGACUCAUAGCCCAUCUUAGUCCUCACUCUCACUCUCUCACACACACACACACACACACACACACACACACACACACACACACACACACACUGCUCUCAAAGGCAGCUCUGGACAAACAGGAUGUGCUCAGGAUCCCACAUGCCGACUGACUCUGAGUUGAGUUCUGGUCCAGUACUUGACACUGGACCAGAGUUGUUUGAUGGGUGUUUUUCCUGCUGAACACAAGGACAUCAGCCCGGACUGUUUGACUCCCCUGAUACUCUGAUAACUUCACCCCAGCACCACCUCAACAGAACUUCACCCCAUAGUUUGACAGGAGUGGUGUGUUAGGUAGUCUAUGAUGGAAAAGUGUUUCACUGACAACAUGUUUUUGUUUUCAUCAUGUCUAAGUGUUCCUUUGGUUCCUGCAGGUUCCCUGUUAGCAGGAGUGUGACUGCUGUCUCUGUGAACUCUGGACAUUUCAGUCACUGAUGCUCAUCAAGUUAAUUACAGGGAAAAUACAAGCUCACUGGAUGGUAGGAAACUUUAGCUCCAUAAAGGUGGAAAAAUUACAUCAGGCAGGUUUUUCUUUUUUCAAUUUUUACAGGGAAUAAGAAAAGUCUCUUUCAUUAGACUCAGCACAAACCAUGUAAAAUCAAACAUUUUAUUUGAUUCAUUUUAUUAGUGUUUCUUCCAGCCACCAGUGGCAGCUCUGAGUUCACUGCUGCUGAGCUUCAGUUCAUGAGUGAAGCACAAACUAUCUUUGAUCAUGAUGCGUUUCCACUUCAGUGGAGGAGACUUUUCUCUGUCAUGUAUUUAUUGUGCAUAAAAGUUCACCUUGGCCAUGGACGUAGUAGCUCCCACUUAGUAGCCUUUUCCUGAGCUUUUUCCACCAGAUCCCAGGGUCUUCAUCAGUGGGUUUCUGUGACUUUGUGUUUUGUUUGUUUUGAUGUGCUCAGUGGCUGAACUGGUAGAGGUCCAGGAGAUGGCGAUGCAGGACAGUGAUGUGUAGCAUGACAGUCCUGGGUCAUUCAGAGUGUGUUUAGCACAGAGACUGGAAGUAAUGAGACUGUCGGCCUGACUCCCAUCAGCAGGUAGAAGAAUCCAACACCUUAAAAGUCAUGUAUGUAAUGAGUUUGGAGUCAUUAUUAACCAACAAGACAGUUUUGUUGAAAUUAAUGGAACCUUUUCAUUUACAGACCAGUUUUUCUCUGCUUCCAGUCUUUGUCCUCAGCUGGACUGAAGACGUCUCUACUGAGACACAGAGACCAGGCCCAGGAGGAAGGUGGUUCCCUUCUGACUCUGACACGGCUCACAACCCUCGAUUGACUGGUCAGAUACCCUAGUUGUAAUCAAGAAAUAGCUAAAGGACCAUUGGUCUGAAGACAGAUGUUGAUUAUUUUCAUUUAGUUUAAUUCAGUACAAUCACACUGACUCAAAAAACCUCAUCAGAAAAAUAUUUGUUUCCUGGUUGAGGAUGGUUUUUACUUCUGUGUCACUGUGUUUCUAUUCAGGGCUAGACACAGGAAACGUAAUGUGAUCCACUGCAGCUGCUGAGUCAUUUCACUCAUGUUUGUGUAGUCUGUGUGGACACUGUGCUAUAGUUUACUAGAAGCUGAUUCGGUGCAGUGACUAUGUCCACCCAAUAUCUUUUUAGGUCUCUUGUAUUUUCUCCUCCAUGUUUCAUUGAUUAGCUUGUUUUCAUCUCACAAAGCCAUGUUGAUGCAGACUCUCUGUUCACAGGUGCAGCUCUGUAUCAGAAAACAAUGGAUGCAAACAUGACCUGUCGUAUGUUCCACAGUGAUCAGGUAGCGUCUAUGCACACAGGAAACCACUGCCAUAAGUGCCUCUGGUGACAUGUUGACGCCCAAGUAUAAUUCAGACAUGAAAAACUGACGAAAGAGAAAGCUGUGGAUGCUUUACGUCAUUUCAUAACUUUACCAAAGUCAAGUGAAUGUUACUGCUUAAGUGCUGUCACAUGCUGAAGCUGAGGUGAGCCACAGUGAUGAUGGACUAGGUUCUUACUGCAGAUGUUCGAGAAGUUGUUUUCCAAAGUAUCUUUUUCUGUUUUUGAGAAAAAAAGCUGCAACUGAUGAAUCAAGAUCAUAAACACAGAGGCGCCCGUUCCACUACAAAUCCCUUCAGAGCUUUGAGUAGUUGUACUGUAAAAUUUCCAUGAUCUGUUUGUGGCAGAGUCGACUGUGAUUCACUAGUCAACACUCGGUUCAUAAUCUGCUCCACAGUCGCACUGUGAUGACAGGUGGUGUUUGUUAAAAGGAAUAAAACUGGUUUCUUUAGUGGGAGCUGUAA